AUGAGUGACAGCUAUAACCUGGUAGUAGACAGGCUUAAUGCCUUUUCGGUUGCCGACUUCGAAGGUCAUGAGGUGGAAAGGCUGAAGUUGCUAUCAAGUGCGCGCAAGCUAGUUAGUAGACUGGAAACGGAGCAAGAAAGAAUCUUCAAUAUCGAUUUUCGGAAUCCGGCCGAGUAUGCGGCGCUGAAAAUAUUGCUAGAUCUUGGUAUCUGGCACCGAUGGACGGCAGUAGGUGGUGGUGAAAAGACUGUUGAAGAGAUAGCCAAGUUGGCUACGAAAGAUUGCGAUUUGAACUUGCUCCGUCGUCUAUUGCGACUUUUAGGGGCUACGUACAUUAUCGAGGAAACAGGAGAAGAUCGAUACAAACCAACUAACUUCUCACUUUCAAUCGGUGAUGAAUCGGCUACUAUUGCUCAAGGAAUUCUUGCUAUGGCUCAUCACUGGAAUGCCUCUUCUAUGAAUCUGCCUUCGUUUCUAGCAAAGACGUCGUAUAGAGAGCCUUUGGACCCCAAGUAUAAUAACUACGUUGACGCCUUUCCGGAACAAUUAUCAUUCUUUGAUAGAUGUCUCUCUGAUCAAAAGUACCAGGAUAGUUUCAGUGGCUAUAUGAUGGAGUGGUCAAAGUACAGGUUUUCGUGGCCUGAUUUCUACGAUACGACUUCUCUUAUCGCCGGUGCUGAUCUUACUUCUGGUGCACCACUAGUUGUUGACAUAGGGGGCCACCAUGGCUAUGAUAUUCUUACAUUCCUGAAGAAGCACCCAGAUGUACCAGCCGGUUCCCUGGUUAUCCAAGACCUCGAAGCUGUCCUCGCGGAUGCAAAUCUCGGGACAGAUAAGGUGAAACUUAUGCCACAUAGCUUCUUCGAACCUCAACCUAUUCAUGGGAGUCGCGCGUACUUUCUUCGCGGGGUGUUCCAUGACUGGGCAUACGAGCCAUCGCUUCAGAUCCUCCAGAAUAUCGUGCCGGCGAUGAAAAAGGGAUAUUCUAAGCUCCUCGUCUGCGACGUUGUAAUCCCACCAAAGGGCGCGAGCGUUUACCAAGCGGGUAUGGAUUUGAACAUGAUGGCGCUCCUUUCGGCUUAUGAAAGGACCGAAGCUACGUGGAGGAAGCUAAUAAAUGAUGCUGGAUAUAAGAUAAACAAGAUUUGGAUGGACCCCAGAGGAUAUGAGGGGUUGAUCGAAGCAGAAUUGGCAUAA